GAAAAUGAGAUCAAAACCUUAUCUUUUUCUUAUACUUUUAUCACGUUCUGUCUGUUUUCUCUCUCUUUUAUCUCCUUCAAGCGAAGAACCAGUCGGCUACGGCUAUGAUCUUCGAUCCAUCACCGUUGAUCCUUCCGGAAAGUCGUUGACGGCCCACUUGGGUCUCAUCAACAGCUCACCCGUCUACGGACCCGAUCUUCCCAAUCUCAUAUUUGUAGCCAGCUUUGAAACGAAUGAACGGUUGAGAGUGCGGAUAACCGAUGCAGACCACCAAAGAUGGGAAGUACCACAAGACAUCAUCCCCCGUCAAACCAGCCUCCCCCGUCGAUCCAUGCCGGAAAACCUCCAGUAUCUACCUGAAUACCACCAAAACUCGCCGGAAAACAGCUUUUCACAACCGGAUUCCGAUCUGAUCCUCACACUCGUCGCCAGCUCUCCAUUCGGUUUCUCCGUGUCUCGCAGAUCUACCGGCGACGUCCUCUUCGACACCUCGCCGGAGAAUUCAGAUUCUGACACCUGCCUCAUUUUCAAAGACCAGUACAUACAAAUAACGUCGGCACUGCCGGCGGACCGGGCCAGCCUCUAUGGCCUGGGAGAGCACACAAAGAAGACAUUCCGACUGGCCCACAAUCAGACCUUAACGAUGUGGAAUUCAGACACCUUCGCCGCUUAUCUUGACCUCAACCUAUAUGGGUCCCACCCAUUUUACAUGGACAUCAGAUCUCCGUCGUCUGAUGCAAAAUCAACGGCGGGGAUGACGCAUGGCGUCCUGUUGCUGAACAGCAACGGUAUGGAUGUUGUAUAUGGUGGGUCACACAUCACGUACAAGGUGAUCGGAGGUGUCCUGGAUUUCUAUUUCUUUAGCGGGCCAUCGCCAGAAUCUGUCAUGAAGCAAUAUACGGACCUCAUCGGACGGCCUACUCCAAUGCCGUACUGGUCCUUUGGUUUUCACCAGUGUAGAUACGGAUAUAAGAACGUGUCUGUUCUCGAAGGCGUGGUGGCCGGAUAUGCAAAGGCCAGGAUCCCUUUGGAAGUCAUGUGGACAGAUAUCGAUUACAUGGACGGAUACAAAGAUUUCACGCUCGAUCCCAUCAACUUUCCUGUGGACCGGAUGAAGAUAUUCCUCGAUCGGCUUCACUGUAACGGCCAGAAAUACGUCCCCAUCUUAGAUCCCGGCAUCAAUGUGAACGAUACAUACGAUACGUAUAUCCGCGGCAUGAAAGCCGACAUCUUCAUAAAACGUAACGGCAAACCUUACCUCGGCAAAGUCUGGCCGGGACCCACAUACUUCCCCGAUUUCCUAAACCCUGCGGCAGCGGACUUUUGGGGUCGUGAGAUCGCGAUAUUCCACCAGGUCAUCCCAUUCGACGGCCUUUGGAUAGAUAUGAAUGAAAUCUCAAAUUUCGACUCCUCCCUUCCAUCCCCCAACUCUACACUCGACGACCCACCUUACGAUAUCAACAAUUCUGGGACCCGACGACCCAUCAAUGAAAAAACAGUCGCUGCAUCGUCCCUUCACUACGGCAAUGUAACUGAAUACAAUGCCCACAACCUCUACGGGUUCUUGGAAUCCAAAGCAACGAACAAGGCAUUGAUCAAGGUCACUAGGAAGAGACCAUUUGUACUCACGAGAUCGACUUUCGUGGGGUCUGGCAAGUACGCGGCCCAUUGGACGGGUGACAAUGCCGCCACGUGGGAUGACCUCGCAUACUCAAUUCCAUCUAUAUUGAACUCUGGGCUGUUCGGGAUUCCGAUGGUUGGGGCUGACAUUUGUGGGUUUGGUGGAAACACUACUGAGGAGCUCUGCCGGCGGUGGAUUCAGUUGGGUGCGUUUUAUCCCUUCGCAAGGGACCACUCGGACAAGCAAACAGUCCGGCAAGAGCUUUAUCAAUGGGACUCGGUCGCUGCUUCCGCCAGAAAGGCGCUCGGGCUACGGUACCAGCUCCUCCCACACUUCUACACACUAAUGUACGAGGCCCACAUCAGUGGGACCCCCAUCGCAAGGCCCUUGUUCUUCUCAUUCCCUGAAGACGUCCAGACAUACGGUAUCAGCACCCAGUUCCUGCUCGGGAAAGGCCUGAUGGUGUCGCCGGUCCUCACGCCAGGAGCAGUCUCAGUCAAUGCCUACUUCCCGGCCGGGAAUUGGUUCAACCUCUUCAAUUACUCUCAGUGGGUGAGUGUAACUUCCGGUGAGUACGUCACCCUCGACGCCCCACCGGAUAGUAUAAACGUGCAUGUGCAUGGAGGGAAUGUCGUGGCCAUCCAAGGAGAAGCGAUGACGACUAAGGCGGCCCGCCAGAACCAGUUCAAGCUAUUGGUGGCACUUGAUGAGAGUGGGACCGCUGCUGGGGAAGUGUUUUUGGAUGAUGGGGAGGAGUUGGAGAUGGGAGGGGAAGGUGGGAAGUGGAGCCUGGUGAGGUUUAAAGCUGAGGUUGAAAGGGAUGCUGUGAAGGUCAGAUCGAUGGUGGUAAACAAGCGGUUCGCAAUAGAUCGGAUGUGGAACAUAUCGAAGGUGGUUCUUCUUGGAUUGAAUGAGAGACUGGGAGCGUUGGUGAGAGUUUCAACCGGUCCGAUCUCAAGUCCAAAUUCGACAGUAAGAGCGAUUUGCGACCAGAAUGGGAGAUUUGCAGUGGUGGAGAUCACCGGAUUGUUGUUGCCUGUCGGAGAGGAGUUCGAAUUGAAGUUACAAUGAUAGAAUUUUUGAAGAGAGAUUAAUGCAACCAUAUGUAUAGACAGUGAGAUAACUUCCUAGUUGCUGGAGUGGUGGCGUUCUGCUGUAGGUGAUCACAGAGAUGUAUUUACCUUGUGGGUAAUUGAUCGACCGUCCAUAUGGAAAUCUUAUUUGAGAUUUUCAACGAGGAGGAUAGAUUGAUUUCUUGAGCACAUGGUUGUGAUUAGAAUCUAUAUUAAGUCCAUUUCAUCA